AACCAACAUUCAUUACUGCCCAUUGCAUCAAACUCCUUUAAAAACCAACUGGAUUUGAAAACUAUACAAUUAAAAAAUGGCCCGUUUACCGUAUAUGCUUAUAUGUGCUAUUGUAUUACUGCAAGGUGUGAUGGCCCAGUCCAGCAACGGAUUGGCUGAUCCUCAGCAAGCGUCUACUGCACUUAACCAGUUAUGUACUGCUCCAGCCACCAAAAACUUGCUCUCCUGUUCUAUUCGUGCAGCUUGCAAAAGCAGCCUAACUAGCAGCAGCGAUCCAUCUUGCUCAGAUGCUGUACUCUUGACAACUGCAUGCAAAACUGAUGCUGCUGUUGCAUCAGCAAGUGGUGCAUGCAGUCUAGUUAGUGCCUCUUGUCCUGCUGGUAGCGAGUCCUCUAUUUCACAAUGCACCCCAGUCAAGGGCUUACUGCCCACUCUCACCCUACAGCAGAAUAUUUUCAACAUCUGUACAGCCAUGAAGAUGGAGGGCUGUGGAGCCUGUCCUACUCCUAUCGACAACAGCACUGUUGCCUCAUGUGAUGUGAUGGGUACUUACGCUCAACUAUGCACGGUAAUGCCUGAUAUGAGCAAUUGCAAGAGCAUGUCUGCCAUGUGUGGACAGUCUCCAUUGCCCUUGGCCUUGGCUGCAUACUGUCCUAAUGUGGCUAGUUCACAGCCCGGCUCUCCUUCCACUUCAGCCUUUGACACCACUAUUCCGGAAAUGAAAAUGUAUCUUCAUACUGGUAUAACAGACUAUGUUUUAUUCAAGUCUUUUGUGCCGCGUACUUUGAAUCAGUAUGUUGGUGCAGUGGUAGUUUCUAUUGCCUUGUCGAUUGUGUUCUUUAUCAUAAGUGCCUUUCGCAAGUCUCGUUUAAUCGUCCAUGCUGCUUAUCGCCAGACGAUUGCUAAAUCUACUUUCAAAUUCUGGGACACAAAGACUGAGUUGUAUCAACUUGAAAACGCUAUCCUACGCACCCUCGAGGUGUUUGUUGGAUACAUGAUGAUGUUAAUUGUCAUGACAUUCAACGUCGGUCUGAUUAUUGCUGUUUUAGCUGGCGUACUGAUUGGAUCUUAUGUAUUUGAUCGUUCAACAGCUACUGCUGAAAAUAGCAACGUGUGCUGCGUUUAAUCGCCAUUGAUUUGGACUGUUUUAAUCUUUAAUGGGGCUGCAAUCAACUCGGAUCUUUUACUCGUCUUUUUGGUUUCUUUGUUCUCAACGAGUAGCUCAAGAUUGUUCACGGUUUGAAUCGCUUUUAAAGCAAAGCUUACUCUGACCUAUUCCAUGAUUUUCUGUAGUUCAAACACGAUUAUAUUGCACCAAAACCUAUUUUUGUCGGAUUAAAUAUAGCGCACGGCUUUAUAUGGUCAAAAUAUGCAAAUGGAUUUGAUCUUGAUGCUAAUCAUUGCCUGAUUCAUCUCUAUGUACUAGACCGAAUAAAUAUAAAUUAUUCAAAU